UGGUGCACCACCAAUACUGCUGGGUGCACCUAGCAACACCCCUUCGUAAAUCUUCACCGUCGCAGCUUAGGGUUUAUAAGGGACGCCUUCCCUACUGUUAAACAAUUCUCUUUCUCUUUCUCUCUGUUCUGAAACCACUCUCGCGUCGUUACCAUGCCGCAAGGGGAUUACAUAGAACGCCACAGAAGAGACUAUGGCUACCGUCUCGAUCACUUCGAGCGUAAGCGCAAGAAAGAGGCGCGUCAAGUUCACAAGCGCUCUGCAAUUGCCCAGAAGGCUCUGGGUAUUAAGGGCAAAAUGAUUGCCAAGAAAAAUUAUGCUGAAAAGGCGCAGAUGAAGAAGACUUUGGCUAUGCAUGAAGAAUCAUCGUCUAGGCGCAAGACUGAUGAUAAUGUUCAGGAUGGAGCUGUUCCUGCAUAUCUUCUUGAUCGUGAUAACACGACCAGAGCAAAGGUUCUUAGCAACACCAUUAAGCAAAAGAGGAAGGAGAAGGCAGGGAAAUGGGAUGUUCCUCUACCUAAGGUACGUCCCGUGGCUGAAGAUGAAAUGUUCAAAGUGGUCCGAACUGGUAAAAGAAAGACCAAGCAAUGGAAGAGGAUGGUUACAAAAGCUACAUUUGUUGGGCCUGGUUUUACCAGAAAACCUCCAAAGUACGAGCGGUUCAUUCGUCCUACAGGAUUGCGGUUCACUAAAGCUCAUGUCACUCACCCAGAACUUAAAUGCACAUUCAAUCUAGAAUUAAUUGGAGUGAAGAAAAACCCCAAUGGCCCUAUGUACACCUCUCUUGGUGUCAUUACCAAGGGAACUAUAAUUGAGGUGAAUGUCAGUGAACUUGGUCUUGUCACGCCGGCUGGGAAAGUUGUGUGGGGUAAAUACGCUCAGGUCACAAAUAACCCAGAAAACGAUGGUUGUAUAAAUGCUGUUUUGCUUGUUUAAGGUCGCAUCAGGGUUCCAACUUGAUUUCAGAGGCAGUGGUCUGGUACCUCUCCUAUGAUUUUUUUUUGGGCACAGGUUCUAAAAUUCUUGUUUGGAUUGUCAAUGCAAUGAUCUGAUCUUGCACUUUGACAUUUGAGAUAACUAUUGUACAAGAGUUAAGCCAAACAAAUCUCAUAAAUUUAUAUAGUUCAUUCGCAAGACAGGUUCUAUAAUCCUGUACUGGCGAAUUUUAAUGAGCCACCGGUUUCCAAAAUGUACUGCGAAAUUUUUUUAUGGUUGGUACAUUUCUUAAAUAAUGUGCCGAACUACUGAUACAAACAAACUUUUGAACUCUUACCAAAAUGAAUUGAUGUUUCACGA